AUGAUUUCAGCAGUGAAAUAUCUUUAUAAAUACAUCUACAAGGGAGCGGAUAGAGCUCGCAUCAAUGUUGAAAGCGAAGCAGAUGCGGGCGGAAAUGAUAACGUUGACGAAAUCAAGCAACAUUUGAACACUCGCUACGGAUGUGCGCCACAAAGCAUAUAUAGGAUCUUUGGCUUUGAGAUGCAGGAAAAGUCGCAUACGGUUUGUAGCACUUUUGCAGAGGCAGCAAAACGUGCAGGAUUUUUGGAUGACGACAGAUAUUUCCGUCAAAGUUUAGAGGAGGCUAUUCACUACCAAUCCGCAGCAUGUAUCCGAAGCUUUUUCGCAUGUUUGCUCUGUUUUUGUGAGGUUGUUCAGGCACAAGAUUUGUGGGACGAAUUCGCUGAUGCAAUGUCAGAUGACUACAUCAGUCGAGGGUUCGAUCGCGAACUGGCAGUAGCAUUUGCCUACUUUGAUAUUCUGGACCGAAUGGCUCUCAUAGGCAAAGAUCUCAGGGAAAUAGUUUCCCCUCCAGUCGCCGAACGUCCCGUAGCACCUACAUUGGCGGUGAACCAUGAAGAACAAAUGGUUGGAUCCGAUGUGAAAGUCUCAAUACGGAAACCGAACACCUUCUAUGAGACGCCAGCAAAAGGAGGCUCAAGAACUGGUGGCAGUGGACAUGAUAAUUUGGGACGAAAUUUGGCCCCUAAAGCCGCUUUGGAAGCCGUGGAUGUUCUAUUGAAAGAUAUAAUGCAAAACGAUGAACCAUUCGGUGGAAAAGUAAUAGACAAUCCCCAAGACGAGCGCACAUACAAGAGCAUCGAUGAAGCUAUUUACCAUGAAGGCCAAGGCGAGCAGCUUUUUCAACAAGAAUAUCUGAACUCUUUGACUCCCACAGGCAUGCCACCACAUGAGUUACGACUGAAGAAAGGAGCGAUUGUAAUGCUCCUGAGAAACCUCGAUGUAACUAAUGGCCUUUGCAAUGGAACAAGAUUGAAGGUAGAAACACUGAGAAGAUUCACUCUUGGCUGCAAAUUUAUAUGUGGAGAAAGAAGAGGGCAGCUUGCUAUAAUUCCUCGAAUUGACAACUACUGGGACAAAAGAGCUCCAUUCCGACUCCGACGGCGGCAGUUUCCUAUUCGGGUGGCGUUCGCCAUGACCAUCAACAAAGCACAAGGGCAGUCCUUCAACAAAGUAGGUGUUUAUCUCCCGGAAGAAGUGUUCGGGUGGACGUCGCAUGACAUCAACAAGCACAAGGGCAGUCUUCAACAAGUAGGUGUCUAUCUCCGGAACAUGUUAUUAUAUCACUGCACAAUUAAUACGUGGCUCUGCGCGGGCGAAAACCCCAACGGAAUCAAGAUCAUAGCUCGAUCCUAUAUUCUUCAGUGUAAAACACAUAGCGCGAUUACGACAGAGGAGAAUUGGCCCGUGAAGAAGGUAACUAAGUAUAAUACUCAAUGA